AUGUCCAGCAGUGAUAGUUAUACGCAGAAGGAGGCCAGCAACGGCCCCGAGAAAGAAAUUGCACCUACGCCAGAUUAUACACACGAUGGCCCAGUCGAUGGAGAGUUAAUCAACGCCUCAGGUCAUCGUCAGGAACUCGAGCGUAACUUUGGCCUGAUCAGUAUCUGUGCUGUGGCCGUGACCACCGGAAACACAUGGAUUGCCCAAGGUGGUAGUGUCGUUGUGGCCAUCAGCAACGGUGGACUUGCAGGAACUAUCUAUGAAUUUAUCGCUGUGUCUCUCUGUUACUGGUUAGUCGCCGCAUCUAUUGCUGAAUUGGCAUCGGGUAUGCCCUCAGCCAGUGGUGUCUACCAUUGGGCAACUAUCACUGCAGGAAGCAAGUACGGUCGCGUUUGUGGAUUCUACGCUGGAUGGUGGAAUUGCCUGGCUUGGAUUCUCGGUGCUGCAUCUAUGUCUUUGAUUCUGGCUCAACAGACCGUGGCUAUGUAUGCACUGAUGCACCCUGGCUUCUCACCCUCACAGUGGAACGUUUUUAUCAGCUUCCUCCUCUGCACCUGGACUUGCUGCUGUAUUGUGCUGUUUAUGAACCGCUUCCUACCUUACAUUGGAAAUCUCGGCAUGUUCUUCAUUCUCGCUGGUGUGUUCGUUACCAUCGUCGUGUGUGCUGUGAUGCCUCGUGUUACCGGCGCUGGAUAUGCCACGAGCAAGCUCGUGUGGGCAACUUGGGAGAACGGAACCGGUUAUUCCCAGCAAGGAUUCGUCUUUGUGGCUGGUAUGCUCAACGGCGCUUACAGUGUUGGCACCCCUGACUGCUCGUCUCACUUGGCUGAGGAGAUCCCAAAGCCGAGCAAAAAUAUCCCCAAGGCUAUCCUAGCCCAGAUGGGUGUCGGUUUCAUCACUGGUCUCUGCUACAUGAUCGCAAUCUUCUAUUCCAUCAACGACCUCGAUGCGGUGCGCGACCCGAGCACCUUCUUCCCCCUGGCUGAGAUCUACCGCCAAGCUACCGGUUCCCAAGGCGGCGCUUUGGGUCUCCUGAUCGUCGCUUUCCUGCCUACUUUUAUUACUGCCUGCGGCUGCUACAUCACUGCUGGCCGUACACUCUGGACCAUUUCUCGCGAUGGCGCCACUCCAUUUGCAUCAUGGCUCGGACGCAUCAGCCCCAAAUUCAAGAACCCCUUCAACGCCACCAUGGCCUGCUGUGGUGUCAUCACCGUCCUGGCGUGCAUCUACCUCGGCUCAACUACCGCCUUCAGCGCCUUUGUGGGAUGUUUCGUGCAGUUGUCCAGCCUUUCGUACUUCAUGGCCAUCUUCCCUCACAUUUUGACCCGCCGUUCAUCCUUCACUUUUGGACACUUCUCCAUGAACAACAAAAUCGGCUACGUCGUCAACGCCGUGUCCUGUGCUUAUAUCAUCGUCUUUGCUAUUAUAUUCUGCUUCCCUUACGCGCUGCCUACGGAUGCCGCGUCGAUGAACUAUGCUAGUCUUCUGACUGGCGGUCUGUCCAUCUUCGUUACCGUCUGGUGGUUCAUCCACCAGGGCUCCUACGUGGGCCCGAAGAAUGUCCCGUUGACCGACAAGGCUCUGGCCGACGAUGCUCGGAACCCUACUACAUCAUCCACCGAUGCACCCGAAGAGUCGAGUCGUCCUACCAAAAAGCCCCGGCUCGAAGACGAACCAGCAACCAAGGAUGUGCAAUCGACACCGAUAACCAGUCGAAAGCCACUCCUACAAGUCAGCAAUCGAGGAUCAGACAGUGCAACACAGUCACCAGUUGGGGAAUCGACCAAAGAUGAUACAUCCGACGAAAGAUACUUCAAUGUUCUCUGGCGCAAACCAAGCGCCAAAAAGCACAAAACAUGGGAUGGAGACGGAAUCCUCUUCACCCGCGGAGAAUUCGUGUAUCUACGAGAUAUUGCCGGGAAGGAGAUGGGUCGGAAGAUGAACGAAGCCCGCCUUGAGCCGGGAACAAUGCUGUCUAUCUCCGGCAAAGAGGUUGAAAUAGACUCUGAGAUACCGCGCAAGGAAUACCUCUCCGGCAGAGCAUCUCUGGAAAGCAAGAAACCAGCACCUACCCUCAUGCCAGACCCAGUCCCCACACCGAAGAAAGAAGCUCUCCCCGCCCGAAAGAAGAAGGGUGAAGUGCAAGUGCGGAAGCCUACGGCUGCUGAGCGGACACAGUCUCUCAAGCGCUCGCUGGCGCUGGUUACAAACCCUAGUGCGAACCCUGGAAACGCGCCGGCAGCGUUUGCAGCUUAUAAGGCCCCACUACUUGUGAAUACGGUUACUCCCAAAGUUGUGGGGAAGGUCGUUCCGCGUCACGACCCCAAGGCAGUUGGUGCGUUAGUUAUGCCGCGGCCGAAGUCUGUGCCGAAGGGGAAGCAGAUUGUGGAUGUUGUUGUUGAUCCUAUCUUGACCAAGAACCUGCGGCCACAUCAGCGUGAGGGUGUGCAGUUCUUGUACGAGUGUGUAAUGGGAAUGCGGCCGUUUAAUGGUGAAGGCGCCAUUCUUGCAGAUGACAUGGGCCUCGGAAAGACUUUGCAGACUAUUGCGCUACUUUGGACUCUGCUUAAGCAGAAUCCUAUCUUUGAAGCCCCGCCUGUUAUCAAGAAGGCAUUGAUUGUGUGUCCUGUCACUCUUAUCAAUAACUGGAGAAAAGAGGUCCGCAAGUGGCUCGGCAAUGAGCGUAUUGGAGUUUUUGUCUUUGAUGAUAAGAGUAAGCGGCUUACUGAUUUCACUAAAGGCCGGUCUUAUAGUAUCAUGAUUGUUGGAUAUGAGAAGCUCAGAACGGUCCAGGAAGCUUUGGCGAAUAGUUCUGGAGUCGAUAUCAUUAUCGCGGAUGAGGGCCACAGGCUCAAGACAUUGCAGAACAAGAGUGGCCUAGCGAUCCAGUCGCUCAGUGCCGUGAAGAGAGUCAUUCUCUCCGGCACGCCAAUCCAAAAUGACCUGCGAGAGUUCUUUGCAGCCGUGGAUCUUGUUAACCCGGGGAUCCUGGGAACUUUCAAGUCCUUCAUUCGAGAGUUCGAAACGCCAAUUGUUCGUAGCAGACAGCCAGAGGCAACGAGAAAGGAGAUUGAGAAAGGAGAGUCCAGAAGCGAGGAGCUGCGCGAACUCACCUCCAAAUUUAUGCUCCGCCGAACAGCAGAUAUUCUGGCCAAAUACCUGCCUCCAAAGUCCGAAUACGUCCUCUUCUGCAAACCAACCCGUCCUCAAGCAAACAUCUACAAAGCCGUGCUUGCCUCCCCGAUCUUCCAAACCGCAAUGGGCAACGCCGAAAGCGCCCUGCAGCUAAUAACAAUCCUCAAAAAGCUCAGCAACAGCCCUUCCCUCUUAACAGCCAAGAACAACGAUGAUACCCCGAACGAAACAAUGGCCGCUCUCAUCGCCUCCAUCCCUCAACCCCUCCACCGCCACCUCUCCCCCUCCUCCAGCGCAAAAAUCCGCGUCCUCGACCAACUCCUCGACACAAUGCGCAACAAAACAGACGAGAAGAUAGUCCUCGUCUCAAACUACACUUCAACGCUCUCCCUCCUCGCAACACUCCUUACCUCCCUAGGCCUCCCCUACCUCCGUCUCGAUGGCAGCACACCAGCCCAGAAACGACAAGGCCUGGUAGACGACUUCAACCGCCUGCCCGCGUCCUCCUGCUUCGCCUUCCUGCUAUCCGCAAAGGCAGGUGGAACAGGCCUCAACCUGAUAGGCGCGAGCCGUCUCGUCCUCUUCGAUGUAGACUGGAACCCGGCAACGGAUAUCCAGGCCAUGGCGCGCAUCCACCGCGACGGCCAGAAACGUCCUUGUCGCAUCUAUCGUAUUCUGCUCAAAGGUAGUCUUGAAGAGAAGAUCUGGCAGAGACAGGUUACAAAGCUUGGUCUGGCGGAUAGUGUUAUGGAGAAGAGUAAUGGCGGUGCGCAGUUCUCGUCUGCUGAACUGAGGGAUUUGUUCAGGCUUGAUGAGGAUAGGGCUUGUCAGACGCAUGAGUUGUUGGGUUGUCGGUGUGGUGGACGCGGCGUUCCGGCUGAUUCGGAGGCUUCUUCGUCUGGUGCUGCCACGCCUGCUACUGUUGAUGAUCCUCCUUCGGACUUUGAUGAUGAGGACGGUGAUUAUGAUUCAGAUGAGUCGUUGCCGAAACCAUGUACUCUUGUUAAAGCUUCCGAGGUCGAUAUGGAGAAGCAAGAACGGUCUAUUCGUGAUGGCACUCAUCGUGCUAAGAUGACUGGGAAGAGGAACAAAAGCACAAAAGAGAAGGACGGCGAGACUAAGAGUAAGAAAGAGACGAUGCACCAGUCUUUGGCUCAGUACGCGCACAUUGACCCAACUCUACUUUCUGAGCCUGAUUUCAAUGCCGAUGCUGGGGCUGGGGCCGAAGAUAUGGAGCUUGAAGCUGCCAUUGAUGACGAUGUGCUGGUUUCUAUGCUGAAAGACGAGUGUAACUUGAUUGGGUAUGUCUUCAAGAAAACUAAUGGGGCGGAAAUCAGGAGUUAG